AUGGAAGAACUGAGAUUAGUAGGUAGUUCUGAUUAUCCUAAUGUCUUUUCAUGCAUUGGAACCACUCGGUUUAUUAAGAAGGACAUGAAAAUAUUAGAUGACAAGGAUGUGUAUUGGUUACACAACGUCACUUUUAAUGGUGCUGUCCAAUGUUGUAGUUUAGUCGUCGAUUGUAGAAAUUGUCUUUCUAACGUAUUAGAUCGCAUGCCUAUUAAUAUUUCAAGUUCAAUAGACAAUGGUAUACCAUCAAUUGGUCAAUUUCAUCACUCGAUUGAUGUUGCCAAUAUUUCAGCGAAUUUCCACAUUGAAGUGAAUGACAAGUUUUGUGGAAACCGUAAUUUACAGAAUGCGUUGCGAUCUAUGGCUAUAAGAGAUAAUUUUCAAUUUAGGACUAUCAAAUCAAAUCGUUAUGUAGCUUUAUGGACAACUACCAUUCUUAACGAUCAUAGGCAAGCAACUUUUUCUGUUAUCAAGGAGUUUAUUAAGGAUAGAAUUAACAUCUUCGGCACAGAUUUGCUUAGUGUUAAAGAUGUUAUAUCCCAUGUGCGAGAACUCGGUACUAGUAUCAAUUAUCACAAAGUCUGGCGUGCAAAAGAAUAUGCAAUUAAAGAAAUUAGGGGAUCUCCUGAGGAGUCUUACGCAUUAAUUCUUUCGUUUUGUCAUAUGAUUAAGAUGAAAAAUCCAGGUUCAGUUUGUGAUUUUAAAGUUGACAAUCAUGGAAGCUUGCACUUAGACGCAAAUGAUCAGAUAUUCCCUUUGGCAUUUUGUGUUGUCGAUUCUGAGAACGACACUUCAUGGGUUUGGUUUUUUGAACAUCUAAAACCAUGUAUAGGUGUUCGCCAAAACCUUGUAAUUGUCUCAAAUCGGCACAAGAGUAUAGUCAAAUCAGUUGAGAAGGUUUUCACUACUGCUUUCCACUGCAUAUGCGCGUACCACCUCUUCAAGAAUUUGAAGUUGAAGUACAAGGAAAAAAUUUCUGAUAAAUUAUUCUUCCGAUGUGCCAAAGCAUAUAACAUUGAGGAUUUUGAACAUAACAUGCGCCUUUUAGAUUCUACUGUACGAGGCUUACGCGAGGAGUUGUCAGGCAUAGGUUUCUCUAAAUGGUCGUGUGCUUAUUCUCGUUCGUCAAGAUACAAUUUUAUGACAACCAACAUUUCAGAAAGUCUAAAUGCUGCCAUGAAAGAUGCAAGAUAA